AUGCACAACCCACCUGCCAAAGGGCUUUAUAACCUUGAAUGGACGCCCGAGUGCUUCCUGCCUCCGUUCUUCCCGAGUACUCCCUCCAGGACGAUCGCCAAGAGAGAUAACAGUUCGUUCGUGAACUCUGGUAAAGACGGAUUCUCUGUUAACGGGAGCUCACUUAGAUUCAUCGGGACCAACUUGUACUGGCUGCCGACGUUGAACUCGAAUGAUGAUAUCUGGAAUGUCCUGAAGAACGUCUCCGAUACCGGGAUUAAGGUCGUCAGAAUUUGGGCAUUUAACGACGUGGAAACCAUUCCGGAGAGUGGAACGUGGUUUCAGUUGGUACAAAAUGGCACUACCACAAUCAACGACGGACCGACUGGACUUCAGAAACUCGAUACAAUCGUUCAAAUGGCAGAACAGCUAGGACUAUAUGUCAUCAUGUCAUUGACGAAUAACUGGAACCCAAUGCCUAAUACAACCACUGACAGUUCCUCGACUCAGGUGCUUGCAUAUGUCACUCCGCCGCGCAACUCUCUUUCCAAUGACUAUGGUGGUAUGGAUCUCUAUGUCCGCCAGUUCGCACUCAAGAAUCACGAUGAUUUUUUCACGAGCGACAAAAUCUUGGCGGCCUUCCAGAAUUACACCAAACAAAUAGUGUUACGCUAUUUCAACAGCCCUGCUGUGUUUAGCUGGGAGCUUGCGAAUGACGCUAGAUGCAACUCGACCAUGCCCACUAGUGCAACAUGCACUACACAAACCAUCACGACGUGGCAUGCUAUAAUGGCUGCCUUUAUUACGUCCCUCGAUCCCAAUCACAUGGUCUCCGCAGGAACGUCUGGAUUCCAGUGCACAGAUUGUCCGAAGCUCUACCCUAUUACGCCAACGGCUUCGCCUACACCCUCUCCCGCACCUGGCAAGAAGCGUAGCAGAGUCACUCCUUUAACAAAAGAGCAGAUCGUAAAGCAGCGUGCUGAGUCGCGACGCCGCAAUCGGGCAGCCGCUAAGCGCGCAGGAACCCUGAAGGAGGAUGGGGUCAUGAUAAGGGGUCGCUGGGUAUCUACAGCAACACGAGAAGUCUCCAGCUCGAUUGACCCCACAACGGAUGGUUCAUCGGGUGUCGACAGCCAGGACAUCCUUAAUAUCCCCAACAUAGGCUUCGGUUCCUUCCAGGUAUUUCCAGACCAGGAAUCGUACGGUCCCAAUGACCCAAAUGUUGACCCUGUCCAAAACAAAAUCAACUUGAGUCUUGCGUGGAUCAACCAAUCGGCUCAGUCUGCUGCCGCCGUUGGGAAGCCUGUUGUCCUCAAUGGAUUCGGUCUAGUCACCCAAGACAAUUUGAACAACUACGUGCCGUUCAACGCGACUUAUGCCCCUUACGCAUCCAAUACAGCGGUCAUGGCCGCUACUAACGCGACGACAACUUUCGCCAAUAGCACGCAGCAAGAGAAUGGCUACAGCUCGUUUUUGACCAUGGGCAACAGCGCUGGGUUGGCAGGCAUAAUGCAGUACCAGUGGGGCUCCGCCGGCAUUACCCAGUCAAGCGCUACCAUCCAGUUAGACACAACCGACUCCCCGACAGAGACGGGGGACUCGCCUAAUGAUGGUUACUCUAUUGCCAACAACCCAGCCAUUCAACAAAUCUUGAAGCAGAGCGCGCAGGCGAUGGCCGGAGAUUCGUGACGACUUUAACAAGGUGUUUUGUUUACGCGAAGGACUUGUUUCUUUCUUUUCCUUCUGUCUUGAUUCCUUGGCUCCAGAGACGUCGUUGUUUUUUUAUAUCGUGGUUCUUCAGAGUCAUACGUGGCCCCAUCUGACGACAGCAGCGCGGGGUCACCGGUCAUCUGUUUUCCGCAUUUGAUACGUUCAUCCUUGGGAUUGGGUCAGAGUGUACACGUUCUUCAGAUGGGUUGAUAUGAUUAGAUUUUGUUAGCUAAGUGUUGCAAUACAGCUGUCAGCAGGUGAAACGAGA